AUGUCGGCUUGGUUAAUUAAUGUUUCCGUUGCCAGCGUAAUGGACAUCAAGUUAAAAACACAGCCAGGAAAUCGAAACGGGACGGUAGAUGAGAUCGAAGAUUUAAAUUUUAGACGAGCGGCUGAAGACCAGCUGCGCCGUCAGUUGUACUGUUCCCUGCCUCUGCUGGACGGUGAAUUCGGUGUCGCUUUUCAGCCAGACACGGAAGCUGAACAGAGAAUCUGUGAAAGUUACCGCAAGCCCGAGGUUACACGGGAUAAUGGGAUUCAAUCCUUGAAAAAGCUGGCGUCUUGUGGUGACCCUCCUCGAGUAGAGGAAGCUUGUGGGAUCUUGGCCCGAUGGGAUGAAGUUGUAGGAAUGUUCUUCGCCUGUGUAUGGGUAGUUAACGAAAUAACCAAGCGGGAGAGUUUGCUAUGGGUUUGCUCUCCGCCUAAUCUCCACCUUCAGCUGUUGUUACGCUCUUUAAUCACCAGCUUAAAGUCCGCCCCAAGAUGCACUGCGGUCUACAAGCAAGAACUGAUUGUAUAUAUGUAUUAUUUUUACAUGAUUCCUGCGCUCGAUUUGUGA